GUUUACAGAUGGCGCUUCCCGGAAGUCAUUUGUUUCAGUAGUAACUCAACAUGGCGUUAGGGCCAGACUGGGUUUCUCAGUCAUGGUGUUUUUUAUGGAUGUUUACUCUAUUAUUAAGUGAAUCUCAGACGAAAAAGACACAAACAUAUUAUAUGCAUGGAAUAGAUUGUGGAAAUAAGAAAUACAUAGGUGGAGCCACUGUGUACUCGCACCGGGAGGAGAAUUCUCAGUAUUACAUGGACAGUAAUGAGUGUAAAAUUACAUUUAAAGCAGACAAUGAGGGCUGGAGAAUUAUGUUACGAUUUCUGGAACUCGAUAUACCUGACAUUGACCCAAAUAAUGGAAUCUGUAAUGAUGCUCUCUAUAUAUAUGAUUCUGAAGAUGUCUUUACAGGGGCUAUGCUAGAGGCAGGUGGAAAUUAUGGAUUAUGUGGCAUCCAACCCCCUCCACACAUCCUGGUCUCCACAGGUCCAUUUAUGACAAUCCAUUUUAGGACUAACACAAAAGGAGAUAUAAAAAGAAGAGAAAUUGGGAGAGGUUUCAAAUUCAUAGUGACAGCAUUCAGUGAAGAUUUUAAAAAGUAUAACUCCUGUGGUACGCACUUCCAGUGUGCAAACAAGAACUGUAUAGAUGAAGACCUUAAAUGUGACACAGUGGACCACUGUGGGGACAAUUCUGAUGAGGCCAUGGAAGGGUUUGCUCAGUGCGGCGUUAAAGAUGAUGGCUCCUUCCUGAACCGUUUCUUGGCCCUGGGAGUUACGGCUUCAGUGACAAUAACUGUAGGAAGUCUCAUCGUUCUGAUCGUCUGCAUCAUCGCUGCUGUCUGCUGCUGUAAAAAGUUAUUUUGUAAACCGCCUCCAGAGGGCACCACCAAUGCACCACAUUCAACCACACCCAACAAUUUGGCAGCUAACGGGGCACCAUCUUAUAACCAAAGUCAAAGCACUUGUAAUUCUUCAUAUCCUCCUAGUCGGGAAUAUAGCGAUUAUCCACACUCGCAUCAGGGCUACUUUCCCAUGCAACCCGUUUACCACCCUGCAAAUCAGCAUGGUUCAGCGCUAUACACCGCUGCUUAUACUCGUGAUGCUCUAAUAGCUAACACUCACAAUUCAGGAAGUGCAUAUUCCUCACAGUCUAACUCUCAUUCACAGCCCCCCUCCCACCACCGGUCCUACACCCCGACAAGUUCCCGCUCGGGAAAGUCCACGCGAUCUAAUAAUAGUACCAGUGUCACUUACUCACAAGGCACUGAAAAGAUUGCUCUACCCAUCAGCCUAUAGCAUUAGAGAAGCUGCAAGAUGGAAUUCUGGGAAAAAAGUACAUGCAUUGUGGGAGUAAAUGCAGAUAUGGCAGAAAGGAUGUGAAUACAGUGCUACAUGGAUAUUGUCGUGGAGGAGGAUGGUUUUGUUUUGAUGAUGACUUAAUAUUUAAAUUAAAGACUGUUGUGGAAAGUGUAAAUGUUUGAAUGUGAAAUAUUGCAAUGAAACUUUUGUCACAUAUUGUAGAUUAUCUCUGAAGGUUGUAGUUGUAGAAGUAGAAGUCUCCCAAAAAUGACAGAAAUAUAAUGAUCUCAGGAGAUUGAUGUUUCAUUGACAAUGAUUGUAUCAUUUGUUUACAAUGAAUAUGAUGUAGUGUGUUCAGUCCAAGUGUCAUAAAUGUACCUUGUGAACAAAAUCUUUCUAUAUUCAUGGGAAUAAAUACUGUCUAGCUGUUAUGACUGUUGUUUGUGCAGAUGUCAAUGAUAAUUUUUAUUAUACAGUACUUUCCCUUUAAAGAAUUUUAUUUUUGAAAAUUUUUGAUAUAUCUUGCACUUUCUAUAGAAUUUUUAUUGCAUUUUUUUCUAUUGCGAUUCAAAUAUAAUGUUUUUAAAUACCUUUCUGAUACAAGGUAACUACUUACAUUUAGUUUACAACAGAUUAAGAAAUCCUGAAAACUACAUUGUAUGAACAAUAUUUGAUAUAAUAAUUAUUAUCAGUAGAGGGGCAUACGAUUGGGUGCCCUUCUUCCUCCAAUGUUUUUAUGAGAUUACAUGCUUGUGUAAUAACUACCGGUAUUUGUAGAGCUUUUCAAACAUGAUACCAUUGUUUAUAUCCUGGCACUUAUUUUAAACAUGUGUCAGCUUUUGAAAUUGGAGUGAAUGCAUACAAAGGUUAGCAAGAAAACGUUAGUUUUCAACUUACUGUUUGGCCAAAAAAGGAGAUCUUGGCAUUCUACAAGUUCUUGCUCCAAAUCCAGAGUUUCAAUAUUUUGUAGUAAUUAAUAUUCAUGACAAUUUACCCAUUUACAUUUUUACCUGUACAAACAUGUCUCAUGAAGGUGUAUUUCCUUUUUAUCGUCCCAAGUUUAACAAUUUUAACAAUUUUAGCUAUUUAUUGAUCGUAUUUAUUACCGGUAAUGCUAUCCUUAUAACUUUAUGUUAUGUGCCCUUCUGUGAGACAGAAACCUUAUGAAAUCCAUAGGAUUAGGAUAAAAAGAGAUAAAAGUAACUUUUUAUUGAUUAAAUUACUCUUCCAACGCAGGUGCACAAGAGAUAACAGUUUUUAACAAUUUUUGUGAAAUAUAUCUGAUAUUGUCAUUGAUUCUUUUAGCUAUGUAAGUUUCUACUGAAGUAUGGUAAAUAAUAUUCUACAGUUUUAUCCUUUUUUGUUAUGCUUUUAUCUCUCCUAGUUGCAUUAUUGCACAAAAGUUUUCAUUAAUAUGACCAAACGCUUUUUAACAAAACAAUCUUGUACAUUUCUUGUAUGAUUUUGGUCUUUGUUUUGUUUUGGAACUCAUGUUUUACAUUUUAUGCAUGCAAGGUUGAUUCACUAAUGAUAUUUUUCUCUUACAUGUAUUAUUUAGGUCCAAUUUCUGGGUUUUUUUAUAUUUCAAGCUACAGCCUUUAAUUUAUUUGUGUUUAUCUAUACACACAGCAUUAGACUUUUGCAUAAAGGAUCUGGUCAUUUCGACAAGACAAUCAUUUAUUUAAAUCAUAUAUAUGUUAUUGCUCCUCUUUGACCUUUUUAUCCCACGUGGAAAAUGGCUUUUUUAGCAUUUACAUUCAAACUUUUAUUUAUUUGUUGUUUUUGUAAUGGAAGAUGAAGGCUUGCUUGUUUGUCCAUUUUUUUUUAACUUGUGUUCUGUUCAGUGUUGUUAUUUGUUUACCACAGGAUUAUUUUUCAAUUUUACUUUGUGUAGUCUAUAAAACAUCAAGGUUGUAAGUGUUAAUGAAUAAUGAUAUCACCCAACAGUCAUGAGUUAUUUCCCUUUAUGACUACAACAUAAUAAUUUCAUUGUACAGUUUUAGAACCUGUUUUCGUUUUAUUAUUUUAUAAUGUGGUCCAUAAAAUUGUCUUAGGUACAUGGCAGUAACCAUUGUAAUUGCUGCUCAAACAGAAUAUGACAAUAUAUUCAAUGGACAUUGACAGCAAGUAUUUGCAACAAGUUGCCAGGUCCUAUUUCUUACAUACGGUAAAUGUUUUAAAGGGGUAUACAGACUGUUGUAAAAUGACAAUAAAACAUAGAAAUAUU